CUCGUGGAGCUGCUUUUCCGCGGGAGCGCCAUGAAUCCCGAGAAGCUCGCGAAGAUGGCGGCGCAGGUGCGCACUGGCGGCAAGGGCUCCGUGCGGAGAAAGAAGAAGGCGGUGCACAAGACGACCACGACGGACGACAAGAGGUUGCAGAACACGCUCAAGCGGCUGGGCGUCAACAACAUCCCCGCGAUUGAGGAGGUGAACCUGUUCAAGGACAACGGCACGGUCGUCCACUUCAACAACCCAAAGGUGCAGGCGUCGAUCGCGGCGAACACCUACGUGGUGAGCGGGCAGGCGGAGACGAAGAAGCUGCAGGAGCUGCUGCCCGGCAUCAUCAACCAGCUCGGCCCCGACAACCUCGCCAACCUCAAGAAGAUCGCCGAGUCGUACCAGGCGGGCGGCCCCGGCCAGAUUCCGACUGGCGACGCGGAGGACGACGAGGACGUGCCCGACCUGGUCGACAACUUCGAAGAGACGGCGGCCAAGUGAGUCUGCGAGCAGUCCUCGCCACGGCCUUGCGCCCCCCCUACCGUCUCUUCUCCCCCCUUUCUGUUGUCUGUCGCCUGCUACUACACAGCGUGCCGGGACCGGGACGGCGGGCCCGGGCGAUGGCCACGUGGCCAGCAAAAGCCAGCGCCGGGGGGGAGAGCCGCGCGGGAGCUGCAGCGGCAUUGUGUGGCCUGCAGCGGCUGGCGGUGGCGCUGCGCGAGGUGCGAGCCGUGUCCCUGUGUUUAUUCUCCGAGCAUGCGUGGUACUCGUACA